UUUGGUAUAGCAUGAUACAGUGAAGGGCACCUUACGUUGUGUUGGGCUGCUUUUUGCCCGUAUUAAAACAAGUUUUGUAGCAACUCUCCAAGCAUGACUGAUGUCACUGCAGACAACUUUGAUGAGCUAUGGCCACACAUCCAGAGGAACAUUGAUCAAGCGGUCCUUGUGGGGAUUGACUCAGAAUUCUCUGGAAUAGUUGCAUCACCAAAGCUGAAGAACAGCCUUUUUGACACCAUGCCAGAGCGGUACACGCUGCAGCGUCAGAACAUCUCGCCAUUCACCAUCACCCAGUUCGGCCUGACGCUGUUCGUGCGCGCGACCGAGCCGAACGCGUACGUGGCGCACCCGUACAACUUCUACCUGUGUCCGCCGUCGUUCGGCCGGCUCGACCCUCGCUUCAGCUGCCAGGCGUCCAGCCUGCAGUUCCUGCGACGCUACGGGUUCGAUUUUAACAAGUUCAUCUAUGGAGGUAUACCAUUCCUGCACGCCGAAGAUGAGGCCAUGCUGAAGGCCGACAUUAAAGACCGCAGCAUGUGGAGUGUUAAAGACAGAGUCAAUGUGGACGAACGCUUCAUCCAGGAGCGCUGCUCGGCCGUCUCCCACUGGCUGUCGGACGCCUCGCCGGACGCGCCGGCCGCCUGGAGUGAGGAGGUGCGCGAACUCUCGCUGCGCUACCUGCUGCAGAAGGAGCUCCGCCGCCGGUUCGCCGACGUCUGGACCUCCUCACAUGGCAGCCAGGUGCUGGUGACCCGAGUGACCCCGGCCAUGCGCUGCGACCUGGAGGCCACGGACGACCUUGACCAGUGGCUGGUGACGUCACUGGUGGGCUUCACGCGCGUGAUGCGCCACCUGCGCGUGCGCCAGAAGCCGAUGGUCGGCCACAACUGCAUGCUGGACCUGAUGCUGAUCCACCACCUCUUCAUCGGGCCGCUGCCCAAGGAAUAUCAUCGAUUCAAGGCGGAAAUUCACAGCUGGUUCCCAGAAGUAUACGACACAAGGCACAUUGUUCACUCCGUCAAAGAUAUGUGUUCGGAAGAAGUGAGCGCGCUGCUGGACACCUCCAGCCUGCUGUCGCUGCACCGGAGCCUGGGCUCGCGGGCGCUCCUAGCCGCCGUUCUGCACACGCCCGCCAUCUGGCUGACGGACGCCGCCUCCCGAUACAAGAAGGAGGCGGCCCACGAGGCUGGCUACGACGCGUUCGCUGCCGGCUGCUGCCUUCUGCGGAUGGCGCACCUGAUCGCCCACCGGGACGCCAGCUCAAGCUUCAGCCAUCGGCCGUUGAGCGUCCGCGAACAUCUGGCCGCCCUGUCCCAGAACAAGAACCACGUGAACGUCAUCCGAGCCACUGUCAAUCACAUGUGUCUGGACGGACCGGAUCCGCGCACCGAGCGGCCCCGCUGGUUCCAUCUGGCGGCGCGCGGCGGCGGCUCGCUCAACGUCCCAGAGGUGGUGGAGCUGCUCUCCCAGUACGGCGCCGUCGAUGUGCGGCCCUGCUCGGCCCGGCAGGCGCUCGUCGCCGUCGGCAACUACCGCUGAGGGCCUCAUCGUGCCCAGUCACCAGCCCGCACCACCACCGCGGCCGCCGCCGUCAGUCACCAGCCGGUCAGCGGGCAGCCCCGGCGCCACGGACAGCUGGGCAGACACCUGCUCCUGCCGGCGGCCCCGUGUUGACUCGGGUGGACGUGCCCGCAUUUGAACACUGAGACGCUCGACAGACGCAGCCGCUCGCGCUGCCUUGUCUCGGGCUGAGGACAAAGAUCUGGCUCGGCCGUCUGCGGGUGCGCUCACUCGAGCACCGAAGGCGAGCGAACGAAGUGAGAGAACC